GCAGAGAUAUCAGACCAGCUGGAUUCAACUCUUGAAUAUUCACAGUAUUUUUGGCAAAUUUACACGUUUCCAAAAAAAAAAUGUCCUUUGAGAUGAGAAACGUAGAUUAUCCUGUAGCCUCUGAGCAAAAUUCAGAGAGCUGUGGCACCACCACCCCCAAAAAGAGGAAGGCCAGCACAGGACCAGAGUCCCCCAGAAAAAGGCAGAGGUGUGCCCGUGGACCCGCUCAGCUGGCAUCCGAGGCUGCGCCAGCAAAGCGUGGCAAAAGGAAGGCCAGCACCGAAAGGGGGACACCUGAAAAGAAGAUAAAGUGUGAACCCAGACACACAAACUCCAGUGAAGCCAUCAGGGGGGCUAACUGGACGGAGCAGGACAACGCUGAGAAGCUGCUGGCCUCAGAGACUCCCGGGUCAACAAACAGGGAGCGUGCCUGUGACCCUUCCCCAGACUGCAGCACUCCAUCAGCCUCCAUACCAGACAGUGGGAGCGCAUUCCUCCCAUUCACACAAGACAGAGCUCGAUUUGAGGCGACGUACAAGGAGCUUCACAAGCUCGGAGAAGGAGGCUUCGGCUCAGUUUAUGCUGGGUUGAUGAUGGACAGCUUCCCAGUGGCGAUCAAACACAUCGGAAAGGAAGAUGUGGAAUAUGAAGAAAUGGUCUUUAAUGGGAAGACAUACAAGAUCCCACUGGAGGUUCUCCUAAUGCAGAAAGUGGGCGGUGAACCCCUGUCAGUAGGCACUUCUCCAGCUAUCUCAAUGCUAGAUUACUUUGAGCUAGAGAAGGAGGUCCUUCUGAUCAUGGAGAGACCAGUGCCAUGUGAGAGCCUGUAUAGCUAUCUAGAGAACAAUGGUGUACCCCUGGACGUGCAUGUUGCUAAGGUAUAUAGUCCAGCCCAGAGAAGCUCCACAGAGCUUGUUUGA